GAGACGGGCCUGCUCUUCCUCCUGUCUUGGAGCGCCUUCCUGUCUGCGGAAGCAGCAGGCCUCACAGGAAUAGUUGCUGUUCUCUUCUGUGGAGUCACACAGGCACAUUAUACCUACAAUAAUCUGUCAUUGGAUUCCAAAAUGAGGACUAAACAGUUGUUUGAAUUUAUGAACUUCUUGGCUGAGAAUGUCAUCUUCUGCUACAUGGGUCUGGCAUUGUUCACAUUCCAGAAUCAUAUCUUUAAUGCCCUUUUUAUACUUGGAACCUUUCUAGCAAUUCUUGUUGCCAGAGCCUGCAACAUAUAUCCCCUCUCCUUCCUCCUGAAUCUGGGCCGGAAGCAGAAGGUCCCCUGGAACUUCCAGCAUAUGAUGAUGUUUUCAGGUCUGCGAGGAGCCAUAGCAUUUGCCUUAGCUAUUCGGGACACGGGAUCUCAGCCCAAACAAAUGAUGUUCACCACCACACUGCUGCUUGUGUUCUUCACAGUCUGGGUGUUCGGAGGAGGAACGAUCCCCAUGCUGACUUGGCUUCAGAUCAGGUUAGGGGCACUAUUUAAGGGAGGACACCUGAGGAGGCAUGGCUGGGCAGUUCCAGUCUGUAGUUGCUGACUUGCUCAAAAGUACCAUGGCAGGUCUGUGUGCUAAUUGCCCAGGGAAAAGUGCACAGUCAGUCACAAGGUGACACAAUAUGAUCUAUCAUCAACUGACCUGAAUUUUCCAAGAGUCCUAGAAACCUCAGGGUGAUGUCUGUUUAUAGUAUGUCCCUAGAAAUGAUUAAUUUAUCUAUGAAUUCCUCCAUUCAACACUCUUGAGUACAUUGUGGUUGGAGUUUACAAAAAUGAGUAAGACACAGGUCUUGUCCUCAAGAUGCUUACAAUCCAUAAGGAUUUAUACAGAAAAAUCUCUAAUACCAAGGAGAAAGUGAAUUAGUUUUAUUUUUAAUUUCUCACAGCACUUAAGAUAGAACCAGGGACACAGAACAUGCUUAAAUAUACUUGGUUAGUGAGCCAUGUGUUUAGCCAGAGGGAGUCUACAGACACAGUCAGACAAUGUUUAACUUGUGUCAGGGCCUCAGUAAGGAGCCCUCCAAUUAGCAAUCAUCCAAUCAAUUGGAUGAUUACUGCUAACCUGAAGCAUGCAUGUAGCAGCUGAGGUAGUUGGACAAAAAUUGAUAGCUUGUGCCAAUUGCAAAAAUGAGUAAAUCUAUUUUUAAUGCUAUCUCUAUUUAAGUGUUUCUUUGAUCUGGAUCCUCAUUAUCAUAUUCCAGAAUGUAAUGGUACUUCAGGUAAAUCACAUUUUCUUUCUCAAAGUCAUAUAUCUUUAUGGGUCACACAAUCCCUCCCUGGACCCCCCCAUUCUCUGUAAGGAAAAUUCACACCCAUAUCUGACUGCCUGUAAAAGGACUUCCAAUAAGAUUCUUAUAGACAAGGACUUUUAUUCCAGCACC